AUGCGAUUCUCCGCCGCCACCCUCCUGGUCACCGCGCUGGGCUGGUUCUCCGCCGCGACCGCACACACCAUCCAGCUCAAGGCUCACUCGCGAGAAUGCUUCCACGAGGCCUUGCACAAGGACGAUGUCAUGACCGUGACCUUCCAGGUCGGUGAUCGGGAGUUUGGGGGGAGUGGAAACCUCGACAUUGAUUUUUGGGUCGAGGAUCCCCUGCACAACCGCCAAUACUUCAAGCAAGCCGUCUCCAACGAGGACUACUCUUUCACUGCACACAGUGACGGCCAGUACGACUACUGCUUCAGCAACGAGGGCUGGACGUCCAACUCGAAGGAGGUCUCUUUCAACGUCCACGGGAUUGUCUACGUACCGGAGGCGGAGAUGUCGCAGGACCCCCUGGAAACCGAAGUCCGCCGAUUGUCCGAGGCUCUGGCGCAGGUUAAGGACGAGCAAUCGUACAUUGUGGUCCGCGAGCGCGUGCACCGGAAUACCGCCGAGAGCACCAACAAUCGAGUCAAGUGGUGGAGUCUGUUCCAGCUGGCUGUGGUGAUUGGCGAGGGUAUUUUCCAGGUGUGGUGGUUGAAGCGAUUCUUCGAGGUGAGUUGGUUCUUUUGA